UGCACCGAGAGCUCUGAUAAUUUGGGUAAGAGACCAGACGGAUUAUCUAUCUUUAAGAACUCUUUGUACAUAGUAUAAACAGAGUCCAAACGGAACGAUGCGAUUUUCCCAGAUUUAAGAUCAAAUGGCGAGUCUACCCUGAAAUAAAAAAGGGUCCAUCAAAUAUGCAGAGCAAGAUGAAGACAGUGCUGCUAGUACUCCUGCUGCUGGGAGACGCCCUGGCCAUGCCGACUAUGGAGGACAACAAGAUCCCUACUGACCAAGAGAUCCUGGGUCAGCCUGAGGAGGUUUCAUCUUUAGGACUUCCCUCUGAUGAGGAGAGCUUCAACCGACUCUCCGUCUUCUUUAAUCCUGGCAAACCUCCAGGACAAGUUGGCAGCGGCACAUACCACUUCGUAUCUUCCACAUUUCCAGAAGUAGAUGCACGGGGGUUCCAUGAGUCAGUGUUUGAUGGUAUAGGAGACUACUUUCCCUCCUGGCCAGCUCCGUACAAACGAGACAACGAUCCUCCUUACUCACCUACCUUGGCACAGCGUUUGGGUCUUCGUCCUCAUAAUCGAUUUAGGAAAAGAUCCAAUUCGUGGAGUGAACAAGAGGAACUUAAGAAAAAGUUGGACAAGUUGUAUUCAUCAAACUCAUUGCAAAGCUCUAACAUCGCAGCAAAUGACAACACGGACUCAGCAGGUAUAUAUGAAAGACUGGCAGAAAACAAGACUGAACGACCAUCGAAGAGACUUUCUAAAAGAGAAGCUCAUUCCCCACCGAACGAUAUCAAUGGGAAAUCACUUGUUUGGUUGAAACAAAAUAAAGCAAACGAUGAGGUAGGAUGCAAUGAAAACUAUUGUGAUAUUAACAAACGAUCAGGGGCUAGAUAUGUGAGAGGGAUGGAAAUGGGGUCGUCUGGGUUUCAUGGUGACGUUUUCAGCAGGGACUUUGGAGAUUUCAGUACGAUGAAGAAAAGAUUGAAAGGAUCUCUAGGAUUCCACGGAGACACGUUUUCAGGUGGGUUUGGAGACUUUGAGACUAUGAAACGAGCACAUGAUCACAAAGACUUGGUUUCCAAGCUUAAGGAUUUUAUGAGAAUCAUAUCAACGGACAAAGACGAUGAAAAUUAUGUAAACGUUGAUUCGGAGGAUGAUCUUGUGAGGAAAACUAUUGAUGAAAUUGACGCAAUCAAGUCAAGAAAACCAGAGAUUGCUUCAAUGGUAGAUCAUGGGGAUUCUUUCAAUGGUGAGUUUGGGGACUUAUACCCUAUUAAAAAAAGGAAAGCAAUGGGGUCAAUGGGGUUCCACGGGGACACUUUCAGUCAAGGGUUUGGAGACUUUGAUACAUAUAAGAAGCGAGCACCUGCUGGAGCUAUGGGGUUUCAUGGUGAUACAUUCAGUCAAGGCUUUGGGGAUUUCGAUCCUUACAAGAAAAGAGCUCCUUCUGGAGCCAUGGGUUUUCAUGGAGACACAUUUAGUCAAGGCUUUGGGGAUUUUGAUCCAUACAAGAAAAGGGCUCCUUCCGGAUCCAUGGGGUUUCAUGGAGACACAUUCAGUCAGGGCUUUGGGGAUUUUGAUCCUUACAAGAAAAGGGCUCCUUCCGGAUCCAUGGGGUUUCAUGGAGACACGUUUAGUCAAGGCUUUGGGGAUUUUGAUCCUUACAAGAAAAGGGCUCCUUCCGGGUCCAUGGGGUUCCAUGGAGACACGUUUAGUCAAGGCUUUGGGGAUUUUGAUCCUUACAAGAAAAGGGCUCCUUCCGGAUCCAUGGGGUUUCAUGGAGACACGUUUAGUCAAGGCUUUGGGGAUUUUGAUACAUACAAGAAAAGGGCUCCAUUGGGAGCAAUGGGAUUUCAUGGUGAUACUUUUAGUCAAGGUUUUGGAGACUUUGACCCAUAUAAGAAAAGGGCCCCGUCAGGUGCCAUGGGAUUUCAUGGAGACACCUUUAGUCAAGGGUUUGGAGACUUUGAUCCAUACAAGAAAAGAGCUCCUUUGGGUGCUAUGGGAUUCCAUGGUGACACCUUCAGCCAAGGGUUCGGAGAUUUCGACACUUAUAAAAAACGAAGACCCAUGGGAUCUAUGGGAUUUCAUGGAGACACUUUCAGUCAAGGGUUUGGUGACUUUGAUACAGUAAAGAAAAGAAAACCUAAUGGGGGAUCUAUGGGAUUUCAUGGAGACACCUUUAGUCAGGGAUUCGGUGAUUUCGAUCCUCUGAAAAAACGAAAAUCUGAAAUGGAUUUAUCAACAUCCCAUGGAGAAUCGAUCAAAAGGAAAAGGAGUGUUCGAACAGCCAGCCCAGAAACAUACAACACUGAAGAAGAAAAGACUGAGGACAAGAAGUGUUGUUCGGAUUCCAGUAUUCAGAGGCAUCAAGAAGUGCACUAGUUACCAGAUGUUACCCUUUAAUAAACUCGAUGUGGUUUAUUUUCUCUCUUCUCGACCACUUUACUCUAAAACUGUUGUAUUCAAUAAAAUUGAUUAUUUUAUUAAGUGUCUA